ACUCUAGUCUUAUCGAGCCAUCUGAAAAAGACAGUUCACAAGCCAUCUAUAAGAAAAUGAAGUUCCUCACCACUGUAUCCUUGAUGCUUACCAUAAUGGGUCUUGCCCAAGGACAGGCGAACGAGGAUCUCGUCUGCUUAUUGGAACCCGUGCCUGUGGGGCUAUGUGACAACCGGAUUGUGGGGUAUACCUACUCGGAGAUACGGAGCAGGUGCUUAGUCUACGAGGCCAGGGGGUGUGAGGUGAGGGGCAACUACUUCGCCAACAGGGACGAAUGUGAGGUCAAGUGCAAGCCGGCGUCCACCUUUAGAAAUAAUCCCUUCAGUUACUUUGUGGAAAGAUAUUUCAACAACAUUCGCAACCUUUUCAGAAGACUGUUUAAUACAGAUUUGUAAAGUACUUGCCAAAUACAUAAAACUUAUCGCCGAUGAACAGCA